AUGGAGUUUACGCUACUUUGUAAUCUCGGAGAUCCUCGCAAUGCCAGCGUUUCUUUGCGGCUCCGACUGCUGCAUGUGUGGCCGGCGAAGUCUCUGGGGGACAUUAGGAUCUACAAUUACUGUACUCUUUGGGUCGACGAAACGGGUAUGCUGAUACAGGGCGUCUCACCGACUUCGAUGGCUGCUGGGAUUCAUCAUAAUCUCUUGGUUGGCAAGAUAUACGUCAUAAAGACUUUUGCCCUGAGCAAUCCGCCGAAUCAGUAUCGGGCCUGUUCCUUUGAUUUGGCUCUGGGUCUUUCGCCUUCAGCUUCUUUUCAGCCCUGUGUUCUGCCUGCUGAAAGUUUCCCACUUGAUGCUUACGAGUUUGUGGCUUUCUCUCAGUUGAACAUGCGUGCCGGUAACCAUCGUUAUUUGACAAAUGUCGUUGGCCGACUCAGUUCGAUCAGCGGGAUAUCGCACAAGAUCACAAAUAACGGGCCUGCAUUCAAGCAGACGGUCAUAGUUGAGGAUGAAAGGUGUUUUGCGUUUUUCUGUGUUUAUGGGUUCGGUUGUGAGUGUCGUGUUUGUUCUUUGUUUCUCUUACGUGUCCCUCUUUCUUUUCUCAAUGGAGUGAAGGUCUCGAUUACGCUCUGGGAUGAGUUUUCUGCGGUGUUGGAUCACGUUGCUUUGACUCAGGCUGACUCGAUUGAAGCUGUGAUUUUGGAAUUUGGCGGCUUGCUGGUUAAUAAGCUGGGAGAUGAUUAUGUUCUGUCGAGUUCUGCAGCUACUAGCAUAUCAGUCAAUCCUCCUGUACCAAAGGCCUAUUUUCUUGCAUCUAGCUUUGCUGAGAAACAUGAGGUUGUUGAAUCCUUGCCGGUUGAGUUUGCUAAUGCCGCUGAUGCUACAGCAGAUGCCGAUCGUCGAACCAGGACUUUGAGCCAGCUGCUGGCGUUAUCUAGAACAAAUGCCUCACUGGAAGAGAAGUAUCGCUGUGGUGGAGUGAUUGUUAAUGUCGAGUCAAGCACACCUUGGUAUUAUAUUUCAUGCAAGUUCUGUUCGAGGGCUGUUUCGAAGCGUCGUGAUGAUACGUUUUGGUGUCCAAAGGAUUGGCAAUUGGACGAGGAACAAACUCGCGUCAACUACAAGCUCCAGCUUAAACUGAGGGAUGACUCCUUUUUCUUCGCCCCCUCCGUUGGCUGCUCCUAUGAUGCGCGCAUCGAGUAUCGUGGGGGCCCCUCUAGUUCAUCGAGGGCCUCGAAGGGAAAGGAAAAGGUUUCAGACUCUCUUCUCAUUGAAGCUCCGGCUAUGCCGUUUAGCAUCACUAAUGAACCAGAUCUGAUUGGGAGUUAUGAGGCCAGGGACUUUCGAAACCCUAUUUUUGCAAAUGUCAGAAAUGAAGAUAUUGAUACUGAGUCACGGGUUCUUGGAGCUUCUCAGGUUUCAGUGAUGGGUGUACAGGUGGGCUCUACCCGAGCUGUUGCACCUGCUGCGAUGUCCUCUGCUGUUCAUUCUGCUGUACCAUCUGUCCAAUCUGCUGCUUCAAUGAUCUCCAUACGAUCAGCAAGAAUUGAAGAGUCUAUGAGCCCUGAGGAUGUUGGUCGUGGCUCAUCUAUGCCAGCUGCGAAAGUUUUAAAGCCAUCCCCCGAGUCAUCUCUUGGAAUGACUUUAGGUUCAACCGUCGUGUCACCAUCGGCAUCGCCGCUGGUUUCUCCACUGUCCAAGAUCAAGGUGGAGAAAUUGGAUGCUGCCGAAAGUGCUCAGGCGCAACAUGGUGGUUCCUCACAGGCAGGUGUUGAUAUGGAAAGGGAUGCUUCGGUGGAUAGUCAGAAAAAAACGGUGGCAAAGCGUGGUUUGUUCAAGAAGUGA